CGGGUCCAAUCGUAGCAAGCGUCCCUCUCCAUCACGUUACUGAACAGCCAGAAGGAACACCCGAGAAGGACUAAUCGUAACCGCCAACCGCAACCAUGAACGGCACGGAGGGACCUUAUUUCUACAUCCCUAUGAUGAACACCACCGGCAUUGUCCGGAGUCCUUAUGAAUACCCUCAGUACUACCUUGUCAACCCAGCAGCCUACGCUGCUCUGGGUGCUUAUAUGUUCUUUCUCAUCCUUCUCGGCUUUCCCAUCAACUUCCUCACUCUCUACGUCACCCUCGAACACAAGAAGCUGCGAACCCCUCUAAACUACAUCUUGCUGAAUCUGGCGGUGGCUAACCUCUUCAUGGUGUUCGGAGGAUUCACCACAACGAUGUACACUUCCAUGCAUGGCUACUUUGUCCUGGGGCGCCUGGGUUGCAACGUGGAGGGAUUCUUUGCUACCCUUGGCGGUGAAAUCGCCCUCUGGUCCCUGGUGGUUCUGGCUAUUGAGAGGUGGGUGGUCGUCUGCAAACCCAUCAGCAACUUCCGUUUCACCGAGAACCACGCCAUUAUGGGUUUGGCCUUCACCUGGGUGAUGGCCUGUGCUUGCGCCGUCCCUCCCCUUGUCGGCUGGUCCCGUUAUAUCCCAGAGGGCAUGCAGUGCUCAUGCGGCGUGGACUACUACACACGCGCCGAGGGUUUUAACAACGAGUCCUUUGUGGUUUACAUGUUCGUCUGCCACUUUGUCAUGCCCCUGACCAUCGUCUUCUUCUGCUACGGUCGUCUGCUAUGUGCCGUCAAGGAGGCUGCCGCUGCCCAGCAGGAGUCCGAAACCACCCAGAGGGCUGAGAGAGAAGUCACUCGCAUGGUUGUGAUCAUGGUCAUUGCCUUCCUAGUAUGUUGGGUGCCCUAUGCCGGGGUGGCCUGGUGGAUCUUUACACAUCAGGGCGCUGAGUUCGGACCGGUCUUUAUGACCAUCCCGGCUUUCUUUGCCAAGAGCUCCUCCAUCUACAACCCCAUGAUCUACAUCUGCAUGAACAAGCAGUUCCGCCACUGCAUGAUCACCACCAUGUGCUGCGGGAAGAACCCCUUCGAAGAGGAGGAGGGUGCAUCCACUACCAAAACCGAGGCCUCCUCCGUCUCCUCCAGCUCCGUCUCCCCUGCAUAAAAGGCCGUCAAAGCCAUGCAACAUGAUCCACUAUCCGAGAAGAAGAGUUCUGCUCCCCUGGGACACGACUGAAGGCAAGCGUCUACAAAAACAACAACCUCCUUUUUGUAUUUUUACCAACAAGUUGGUUCAAUGUAAAGACAGUGGCAGGGAAGAUCAGCCCAUUCCAGAGUUGUUCCUGUAUGUACAGAAUAUCCAAUGUAACUAUCUGUGAGAUUGUUUCCCUUAGAAUAAGGGAAAACUAUGUUAAUCUUUAACAGUUGGAUCUAAUAUGAUACUGGCUUUUUUUUUGGGAAUGUAGAGGCAUGUAAUCGAGGCAACCUAAAAUAAAACGCACUUUGCAAAUGA